AUGGGACUCAUCGCGGAAAAUAUUAUGGAGAAAUUGUCCGUUCUCAAGCGUUACGUCCCGUACGGCACCUUCGAUUCGUGGGAUGAUUUAGAUCCCAAACUAUAUCACGCGGUGCACAUCUUCUGGCUGAGGUUUUACGGGUUGUGGUACUACGAUUUCUCGCCCAAGAAAUUCUCCUCGUGGCUGCGGUUGAUAUACACGCUAGUCGUCCUGUGGCUCGUGUGUUUUUUGCCCGGGAUCGGCGAGGUGGAGUAUUUAUUGCGACAAGGCGGGAAUGUCGGUAACAUAGCGGAGGGACUCUACCUCUUCCUGAGUGAAAUGUACACGUAUUUUAAAAUUGCGGUAUUCUGGCUAAAUAAGGAAAAAAUUUUAAAUCUUUUAAAGUAUUUGCAUCGCGUGGAAUUUCGACCUGAGGAGCAGGAGCACCGGGAGAUUUUGAGGAGGAGCAUACAGACAGCGCGCUUCGUCAUGACAUAUUACUCUAGUAUGUGCGUCGGGGCCGUCUCAGUGGGGAUCAUAAUGCCGCUUACGGAAAAUUUGGACAUUUUGCCCACGAACGUGGAGUACACAUCCUUUGAUGUGUACAAAGCUCCUGCUUACGGCAUCAUUUACCUUCAUCAUAUUUACUAUAAGCCAGCGACCUGCAUUAUAGAUGGUGUUAUGGACACGAUCCUAGCAGCAUUUAUCUCUUCUGCUAUUGGGCAAAUAGAAAUAUUGGCGUUCAAUUUGAGAAACUUCAAAAUGCUCGCAAAACGGCGACGGGAGAGGGACCAGAGAGAGAAGAAAGUGGUUGGUGAAGACGAAGAAUACAUACAUCUCGUGUUGAAGAAGUGUAUGAUACACUAUAACGCUAUUAUUCGAUACGUAGCAAUAAUCGAAAGCGCUUUCAGUCUGGCUUCUGCUCUUCAGUUCAUGUUGAGUGUGAUGGUAUUAUGUCUGGUGGGUGUGCAGUUUUUAUCGAUCGAAAACCCCGCAAGUCAUCCGAUGCAAAUCGUGUGGAUGGCCAUUUACUUAACGUGCAUGUUGAUAGAGGUGUUCAUACUGUGCUGGUUCGGCAACGAGCUCAUAUUGAAGAGUUUGGAGCUAAGAGAAGCGGCAUACGAAGGCACAUGGUUGGAUUUGGACUCCAAAACGGCGAUGUAUUUGGUCAUUUUUCUGGAGCGUGCCAAAAACCCACUGCGAGUGACCGCGGGCAAGAUAUUUACCCUGUCCCUUGAAACUUAUACUUACAUUAUCAACUGGUCGUACAAAGCAUUUGCUGUUAUGAGCAAUGUGAAAAAGUGAAAUGGAGUAGCCCAAGAA